UAAUUAUAUAUUAACAAACAGCUUCUGCCAGCACAAAGUAAUUAUGAAAUAUAUGAUUUUUCAUACACAGUUAUUCAAAUAACUCGAUUGAUUAUAAGUAAUCAGUAUAUUUUUAUCUUACGUAGUACGAAAUGUUACUUUUUUUUAACUAAAAAGAGUAUAACGAAACCAAUGAAAAAGAUUUGCUGUUGACUAUUUUAUUAGAGUGUCAUCUGUUUACUCUAAGUCUUUUGCGAUGUCGAUUAUUGAUAAACUUGCAAGAGCUCUAGAUGGGCUCAAGUCAAAUGAUUUAAUUGGACGGUCUGGAGAUAAAGAGAAAUAUUGCCGAGUUACUGCUGAUUUAAUUUGUGCACCAAUAAUUAUGAAUUUUUCAUCGUUUCCUGACUUACUACACAAAUCCAUUGAUAGUUUGUUUAAAAUGUGUGACCAUUCUGAAGCUAAUAUUAGAAUGGUAGCUGAAGAAAAUUUAAACAGAGUUGUCCGUUGCAUGAUAGAUUUUAGGAAAGUUGAAAUAUUUGUUGAAUUAUUAAAAGAAAUUAAAAAAAAUGAUACAGUUCGUCGAUUAAGAGCUGCUUUAUCAAGAUUUGGAAAUAUAUGUCAUUUAAUCAGUCCUUCAAGCCGUUCAAAAUUUGUUUUAUUUUUAAUACCUUGUAUUAAAAAAAUAGCUAUGAGAACAGAAGAUCAAGUCGCCGAAAUAUUAGCGCAAACUUUUCCAAAAAUCAUGCAAAACUUAGGGCAUAUUAUGUCUGAUAGUAAUAUAAAAAUGUUAUUGGAGGUUUUUGUGAACAAUCUUGUUACAGAUUCUUCUACCAUUCGUAGAUCUAGUAUUACUUGUAUUGAAGCAUUAAAUCUUUCCAGUAGAAAACCAAUGGUUUUUUUUAAACAUAUGCUGCUCAUAAAUUCAGUUUUAAUGUAUGAUAUUAACAAGUCAAUGGGAUCAGAGCGUGCUUGGGCUGAAAGUUGCGUAAUUAUUGGAUUAUUAAAUAGUGUUAAAAAUACAAUGUUAUACCCAAAGCAUAUUUGUGAUAAUUCAUACGAAUUCAAAUUAGAAUUGAAACUUCUUCAAAAAAUAUAUUUACAGAUAUUUCGUUUUUGUUGUUUUUCAAUUUUGCAUCCAGACUCUAAUAUAGUAAUGUGUGCAUUAGAAACUCUAACUCAAAUGUUUAUAUCUUGUCCACAUGAUACGCUGCAAUUUCUUGUAAAAAAAAAAAUGUUAAAUCAAACAAAGCUCUUUGAGACUGAAAUUGCUAAAAUGCAAGCUACAGUAAAUUCUAUCAAAAUACCUAGAACCUUAGCCGAGAGCUUACAAAAAUCAUUUCACUACAGUUCAUCUGAAAGCUUAGAAACUUCAUUUGUUCAACAUUCUCUACCAAAAUUUGGAGAAGAACCAAGGUCAAUUUCACAAUCUAUUGACUCAGACAGACCCUCAUUAUCAUCAGCUAAUUCAAUGACAAAUUUAUAUUCAGAAUUUGGCGAUGAUAGUGUGAGUGAGAUUGAUUCAAUUGCAGAUAAUGUAUUUUUUUCUGAGUAUGAAAGUACUCCUGAAUUUGAUAUGCAAAGUUUAACUUCUGAACAUAGUUGUCAUUCAGCUUCUGAAUCAGUUUUACAACAAGAAUUUGAAUUUAUAAACCAAAUUUGUGAAAAUGUUCCUUUAAAUGUAAUUUGUGUGAAAAUUACUUCACUCUUCUUAGCACCAGAAGUCAGUAAAUCUAUCAGAACUGGUAUUAAAUCUUCUGCACUUGGAUGUCUCACAGAAAUGUUGAAAAUUAAUCCAAGUUUAGCUUUCAUUUCUGUAAAUUUGUCUGGUAUCGCCAAAACUAUAUUACAUAUUUCUAUUAGCUAUACCAAUCAUGAAGAUCAUCUUUUAAGAGGCAUGGCUAUUAAAUUAGUUGGGACAUUUAUUGAAGUCAUUCUUAAAAACAAUUUUGGUGAAUUUAAUAUACAAAAAUAUGAGACAGGUUUAUCAAAUGUAGUAAUUACAGAUCUAAUCAAAAUUAUUGUACAGGGUUUAAAAGAUGAUUCUUAUAUAUGUGUAUGCCAUUCACUCUCAGCUGUAUCAGUAUGUAUAAUGCCUCUUUUAAACAGUAAUGUUUCAAAUAGUGCUAUUCCUAUUCUUGAAACUAUAUUGUCAGGCUUAAGUUCUUAUUGGCUUGUUAAGGUAAAAUUAUUAGAAAUCAUAGAAAAUCUAUCUUUUAUGACUGUAUAUUUUGCAACUAAUAGCUCUAUGUACCAAGAUAAAAUUUUGGAUCGGAUAGUGUUUAAGUAUCUUUAUGAUAAUGAACAUAGUGUAAGACAUGCGGCUUCAAAAUGUCUAUUACGUGUUGUUCAUAAUUGUUACUAUAAAAUUGAUUAUAUGCAACAAGACGUCAUUACUUCCUGGGUUUGUUCAAAUACGAAUUUGUAUUGUACGAAUUUACUUCAGCUUCAAAAUUACAAACACCACAACAUGUAUAUUGAAGCUUCAUUAUCUCGAUUAGUUAAUCGUUUAACUAGUAAUCUUAUAAAAAAUCAGUCAGCUGUAGUUGCUGGAAGCAUUGAAGCACUUACAGUUCUUUCUAAUACUUUUAAAUCACCAGAAUAUUCAAAUAUUUGGAGGUAUUCCUAUACUAAAGGAACUAAUUCAGAUUUAAGUAUUAGACCCUGUUCAGGAUUAUUUACAUCUGUACUUUCCAUAAUGACAUCAACAACUGCAGCUUUUGAUUUAGAAAUCCAUUGUUGGAUGUUAAAAUUGUCUUCAAAUUUAAUAACAGAGUUAGUUAAUUCUUCACCGACCAUUAAUAUAAAAGAACAUAAAAUUGAUUUUAGCAAAUAUAACCGCUGGUUUGAAGAUGAUAAAUUGAAGAAAUAUUACAAUGAACUGUGGAAACAUGUUCUCAAGUUAUUAAACAUAUUUCGAAAUGUUGUAUUAGAUUACAGAGAACCAACACAUACUCCAACUUCUUUUCAAAAAUCAGGAGAAAAUGAAAAAGAUAAAACAAGUGUAAAGGAUAUACCUGCUCGAAGUAAUUAUUUCCAUAAAUUGCAAUCUGUUGUUAGAGCAUCUUAUAACAACUAUAAGGUAUCUAUAGAAAACACAAGUAAUGAAAAAUUCAUUAGAUUUCUUGAAUCAGUUUUAGAUGCUUUAAAGACAUUAUUAAAAUUUAUAAGUGCAACUGAAUGCCAACAACAUGUAGAACGUAUACUUCUUUGUUUAACAGCAAUUUUUAACUUAACGCCUAAUUAUAGCUCUAAAGUUAUUGCUGAAUUGUUUAAAUGUUUGACAUCAAAGUAUAUUAUGCCAAUAAAGCAACCAAUUUUUAAUAAAAAAGAUUCAAUGUUCAUAAAAAAUAAUUCACAAACACUAUGUAUGUACACACAAGCAUUACAAAUGCCUUAUGAAUGUUUAUCAAACUUUAUUGAUGCUAAAAUUAAAUUAUCUCAACAUGCAAAUAAACGAUGGGAAGACGAAAGAGAUCGUAAGACAACUAUGAGUGGAAAACAUUAUGGUGUUAGUUCUGAAAGUUUAGAUUUUUCAUCAAAUUUAAAAUGCUUUCGCCCAUUAAUUGUUAAAUGUUUAAAGGAAUAUGUAAAUACUGGAGAUGUAGAAUUACAAUCAUCAAUAUUAGAUUUACUUAUAGCUCUAAUCCAAAGCAAAGUUAACUUAAAUGUAAUUGACCCAAAACAUGAGUUUUUGAAAUAUAUUUUCAGUCAAUUUGAUUAUCUUGAAAAUGGACUAUACAGAGAUCCAAAAAAAAUUAUUUCUACCAUGUUUCAAUUUUUCAUUAACUUAUCUGAAGAUAAAAAUCAAUCAAAUAUAAUUCCUGAAGCCAUUCAUCUAUGUGAUGGCUUAAUGGCUAGUGGAUAUUCUCCAGAAUCGUAUUGUAUCCCAGCAAUAUUACCAAUUGUUGAAUAUGUUUAUAUCUUAAAAUCAGCGUUUAUGGUAAAUUCUUCAGAUUUAAAAGAACUUGAAGCUCAAAGAGAAAUGCUUUUUGCAAUGUUGUUGAGAUUAUGUCAAUUUAAUGAAGUUGUAAGCAUUCUUAGUCUUGUAAUAGUGGAAGGCAACGAAGAUAAAUGGAAAAAACAAUCUAGACAACUAUUUGAUACACUUUAUACAUCAUUGGGAGGCUGCAAGAUUCAAGCAACCUUACCAUCUUUGAUUAACCUAUUAUUAACAUUACAUCCAUCUUCUUACAGUAUUCAUCAACAGCUACAUGUUAUGUUCAACACUUGUUAUGAUAUAGAAAAAUGUACCUUAGAGCAUUGGUUAAACACAGUACUAUCAAAUUUAAUUAUAAUUCUUAUCCAAAAAUCAGAAGAUUUAAUUCUUCUUAGAAUUUCAGAAUCUGAUAUUUCAAUCAGUUCUAAUUUAUCUGAACUUACUACACAGUCUGAUCCUUUAAAUGCAUCUAUAUUAAGCAAAAAUAAAUGUCCUGGAGAAGAAACUUUUUCAAAGUUUUUGUUUAGAGUUAUAUAUUUGUCUGUCAAUGAUAUCAUGUUAUCCCUUGGUUACCCUCAACCUGAUUGCGAUAAAAAAGUUUGCUUGUUAUCAGAAUUUCUAUUGACUUGUCAAUAUAUUGUACAAUCUGGUAAUUUUCCAAAAGUUGUAAUUUACUUACGUAACUUCCUCAACAACGAUCAAAUAUUUAUUACACUCCAUAAGAAUAUCAUGACCUUGUCAAUGGUCUAUCCUUUACUUGUUUUACACUGGGUUCAGUUUAUUGGUCUGUUGGAUUAUGAGGAUAUUGAAUUUUGGAAAUCCUUAUUAAAUACUAACACCACAGAAUCACAAUUAGGACGUUGUUUUUACUUAAGUAUUGUUCAAAAAGGUUGUUUCCUAAUAUUAUGUGAAACAUUAAAUAAAAAAAUUAAUUUAGAUAAUAAGUUGUUAAAGUGGUUCUUGUCAGAUUGUGUAAUUCAGCUAUUGGAAAUGGGAAAUGAGCCUUCAACACAAGAAUUUCUGAAUUGCAUUCAUAAAGAUCCUGAUUUAAGUUUAAUGCAUAUAACAGCUAUUACAGAAAAAUGUGUUAAAGAUAAAUUGGACUUGACAAAUGAUUUGUUGAGAAGUUUGAAUGAAGCUCAUCCUGUGCAUUGUGGAAAAGUAAUAAAAUUGAUUUUACCUGUAUUAUUGGAAGAUUCACACUUAGCAUUAUCACAAUUCGCUAGUUCUAUAGCAAUUAGAAAAAUGGAAUACCUUCUUGCAUUACCUAUUAGUGAGAGUUCUAUUCAAUUAAGUAAAGAAGAAACCUUUAACAUUUUAGAGUAUUUUAAGAAUUUCAAUAUUUGCAUAAAAAAUCGCUACUGUAUAUUAAUAUCUUUAUUUAAUAAAUUUGGGACUCAGUGUUAUAAGUUUUCAAGUAUAGAAAUUGAUCAGAAUAAAUCUGUCAACACUAUGAAUUUGAAAAAUAUUUUAAUUGAUAAAAAUUGGUUUUAUGACCAAGUUAAGACCAGAUGUUGUCGUUAUGACUGUCCUAGUCUUGAGUCGGCUAAAUUGUUGUCAAAUUUGCCAUUACAAGAUGUAAUCUCUAUAAUGCGCUGUGAUGAUUUUAAUAAUGAUAUACUACAAUAUUGUUUUACUGUAUCAACUCAAAUUACUAUUGAAACAUGGAAAUCAUUAUCUGAAGUAGAAACUAGUUUAGAACUGUGUCCAUUGUUUGUAGCUGCACGAUUUGUCUUAGUUGAACACGUUCAACAAGCUUGUAGUUUUUUGCCUAGGUUUCAUCAAAUAUUUUUACCAUUGAUCAAUGAAUUAAAUGAAAAACAAAAUGUAUAUAAAACACGUAUGUGUCAACUUUUUGAAGAUAACAAAUUUAUUAAAAUGGUAUUGUUGUUCACUUCAGCAAUUUCAAAAUUUUUGGAAUGUGUUAAAUUAUUAUCAAAACAAAAAACAAAAGAACAUAUUAUUCUGAUGGACUCUAACAAAACUCUUUUAAGAUAUACAGUUUUACUUUUUGAGCUGCUAAAAUGGAAUUUAUUCAAUAAAUCAGCUGCUACAAGUAGGAUACAAUUGCUACUUAAGUGUGUAUAUAACGUUUUUGACGUGUGUGGAUUGGCUAACGAAUUAUGCUCUACAGAACUAGGAUCCAUUGCUUCAACAUUAAUUUCUGUGGUAGAAUUCAUUACAGAUGAUGUACUUUUACUUGUGACAGAUGAUUAUUACACAGAAACAACAGAUUUAGUAGAUACAUGCCGACAAAUUUCAUCUUUGGUCUCUUGGAUUGAAAAUUCUCGUCCAUUAUUAUCAAAAUUUUAUUUAAACCAAAUUACAUGUCUUAUCAUACAAAUAAUAAGCCGCCAUCCAAUGGUAAAUGGAUUUGUAAGAGUACCUCCAGGUGCAUGGAAAAUGUUACAAGCACCAGCGAAUACUAUUGAAUUUACUAUACCAACAAUGCCUAUUGAUGUAUUACAAGAAAUUGAUAUACUGAAACAGUUUGUAUCUAGACUUGGUGUAGUUGGCUGGAAUAGUAAACAACAAUUUGAAGAGACCUGGAUGACCUUAUUAAGUGUGUUAGUUCCAUCCAGUGAGUCUGAUAUACCAAAAGAGGAACUAAUUUCUCGCAUACAGACAAGUAGUGCAGCUGUGAAUGGAAUUACACAAUUAUUCAGUCAAACAUUGUUCAAAUUUUAUCCUGGUAAUACUACUAAUGAUAAGUUUUUACACAUAUCUAGAGAUAUUCCACUUGAUUUGUCUCAUCACAAGUGGUUUGUCAAAUUAGAAGAAGUCAAUGAACUAAUAUACUCGACUUUUUAUUCAUUUAAAAGGACUGCUGGCAAAGAAACAUUAUUAGAUCAUUACGACUGUAGAGCUAAUAUUGAAAGAAUACAUGAUAAACAUCGAUACAGUUAUCAUCAGCUGUCAGUGAAAUUUUUGCAAAUUGCAAUAUCAGAUCAGUGGAAAAGUUCAAAUAAUCAAAGUGAUUCAAUGUGUUCAAUAUUGGAAAAAUGUUUACUUAAAAGAAUCAAGAUUUUAAAUGAAAGUGGUUUGGAUCUGAAUUCUUGUAUAUUAUUAUUAAAAGAAGUUUUCAAUCAGUGGAUGGAACCAAAGACACACGGUUCUUUAUCACAAAUUAAUGAAAUGAUUAAAUGUUUGCUUGUUUUAUCGGACUUGUUUACUGAAAGAGAUCAUUAUAUAUGGAUGCUUAAUGUAUGUAUGGAUUUAUCACAAUCGCACCACCAUGAAGAUUUAUUAUUGCAUCAGUAUGUCAUUAUUGCUGCAGCUAAAGCAAUGUCUAUUUCUAGGGUGGAGGAUUUAAGUAUUCAAGAGAAAGUGUUAAAAUUAAUUGAUAAUGGUCUUAAAAGUAAUUGUCGUUUGACACAAUUAGCUGCUUUACAUGGAUUACUUUAUUUAUUAGAAGGAUGUUUUAUUGUAAAUAAUGUGUUAUCAAGUAGUUCAGAAAUUAUUCAAAUGGCUGUAGAUUUUGUGCAAAAACAUUUGUGCACUGAAUAUUCAAUGCUAUAUGAAUGUGAGUGGCAAUUAUGUGUAAUAUCAAUAGCAUUCUAUUUAGUUGAACAUGGGUCUGACCACAUAGAAGAUUCACUGCUCAUGUCACUAGAAGGUCUUACAAAAUUAGUAUCAUCUUCAAGACAUUUUAAAUUAUAUCAAGCUCUUAUACAAGGUUUUCAGAGGAUUAUUUUUGUAAAAUAUUCAAAUGAAAAUAUUGUGGAACAAAUAACUGCUUUGGCUAUAGAUAGAUUAUCUAAUGCUCCACCAGGAUUUUCUUUACCAGCUUUACAAUUGCUUUUAUCGUGCAUUUAUGCAGAACACUAUAAUGAAAAUAGGGAAUCUGAUAUCGAUCCUGAUAUCAUAGUUGUUGAAAUGGAAAAAAUUAGUGUUAUGUUUGAAAGGAUAAAAAAAGGAUGUUUACUGGAGGUAGAAGUGACAACAGUUAUAAUGGCCAAAGUGUUAACUGAUAUAUUUCCAGCAUCAUAUGUUCUCAUGAGAGUUGUUGGUGAAUUUCUUUCGCCCAAUCAACCUCAUCCAACAUCUAUGUGCACAGUAGUCAAUCAGAUUUUUGAACAACUAAUUAAAGAAUCACAAUUGGAUCUUUUACAAGAUUGGGUUAUUACUACGCUUAGCAAUUUUACCCAGGGUCUUCAAAUACCAAUGGCCAUAUAUUGUCUCAUCAGUUUUUUUAUAAGUUCAUCAAAAAAUAAAUGGCUAAGAGCAAUAUUUCCUCAUGUGAGAUUAAGACUUGGACGAUAUGAUUAUGAAGAUAAAAAACUGUUGUGUAUUGCUGCCAUGGAUUUUUAUGGAAGCCUAACCAAUGAUAAUCAAAAGCAGUUAUAUAAAGAAUCAUUCCAGUCUUCAAUUAAGUCAAAAAAUCCUUUCGAAGAUAUUAUAUAUUGUUUAGAAUAAAAUUUUUUGAGUACGAGUUCUGCAAUAAAUUAAAAUUAAUUAUGUUCCAAUAUCAAAUUUUUCUCAUAGUGGUAUAAGUUUAU